CAUCAUGGAACCAGCCGAAGGUUUGCGAUUAGCUCCUGUCUUGUGCGAAAACCUAAUCUGUGUGAACAUUGCAUCUCUUUGUCAUAGAUGGCGAUGAUCCCUCAGGCAAAGGCCACUCUAGCGUCGGUGUGACACAUAAUAGACAGGCGAUAUAAUGCGUCGGUGGCCGUCACGGCCGUACGCAAGCCAAAGUGCAUACAUCCCCGUCUCAGCAGAUGUUGCAGUAUGCCGCUUGCCAUGCCGAAGCCCUGAAUGGUCGUUGGUGGGGAUUCAUGUAUUGCACGUGGGCGAGAGACUCAUUCAGAGUCACUCUUAUCGAGCCGUCGAACCAUAUAACCGUACGAACCAAGGACUCAUCCUGCAAUUACUUUGCAUGGGGUCGUCUCGCGGCAUAAGGGUGCGAGUUCCGGAUGUUGCAGGAGGGAAGCGUCUGGGGACUUGCAACAAAAUCACGGUAGCCAGUCGUGAUUGAGAGAUGGACUUCUCCCAUUGCAGUUGCCUGCAUAAAAUCAUAAGACGAUGUGGUUGGCCGGAACGUUCUGGUUUGGGAUUGUGAUGCAGCAGUGGUGAUGUUUCCUGCCGGCAUUUG